CGGGAAGCUCCAACCAGCGGCCCAAGGGGCGGGCCGGAGGGGUGUGGGCCCAAGGGCCGCGGCGCUCCGCGGGCCAGUCGCGGGUUGUCAGAACGGUCGCCGCCGGAGUGGGGCGAGGCUACGUCGCUCGGUCUUGGCGGUCUGGGGCCCGCGUAAGGAUGAGAGCGCAGAGGACGCAGGGCCGCUGGAGGCGCAGGUAACCAAGCUGGGGUGCGGUGGGGCCGCGGCGGGACUUCUUCCGGGACCCGUGCUGAAUGGAAAGGACCGAGACCAUGAGGUUCCGCAUCUAUAAGCGGAAGGUGCUGAUCCUGACGCUCGUGGUGGCCGCCUGCGGCUUCGUCCUCUGGAGCAGCAAUGGGCGACAAAGGAAGAACGAGGCCCUCGCCCCGCCGCUGCUGGACGCCGAGCUCGCGCGAGGAGCGGGCGGCCGGGGCGGGGACCAUUCUGCUGUGUCCGUGGGCAUCCGCCGGGUCUCCAACGAGUCGGCGGCUCCUCUGGUCCCGGCGGCCCCGCAGCCCGAGGCGGACAACCUGACGCUGCGGUACAGGUCCCUGGUGUACCAGCUGAACUUUGACCAGACGCUGAGGAAUGUAGAUAAGGCCGGCUCCUGGGCCCCCCGAGAGCUGGUGCUGGUGGUCCAGGUGCAUAAUCGGCCGGAUUACCUCAGACUGCUGCUGGACUCACUCCGAAAAGCCCAGGGCAUUGACAACGUCCUCGUCAUCUUUAGCCAUGACUUCUGGUCGACAGAGAUCAAUCAGCUGAUCGCUGGGGUGGAAUUCUGUCCGGUUCUGCAGGUGUUCUUUCCUUUCAGCAUUCAGUUGUACCCCAACGAGUUUCCAGGCAGCGACCCCAGAGAUUGCCCCAGAGACCUGGAGAAGAAUGCAGCUUUGAAGAUGGGAUGCAUUAAUGCUGAGUAUCCCGACUCCUUUGGCCAUUAUAGAGAGGCCAAGUUCUCCCAAACCAAACACCAUUGGUGGUGGAAGCUGCAUUUUGUAUGGGAAAGAGUCAAAGUUCUUCGAGACUAUGCUGGCCUCAUACUUUUCCUGGAGGAGGAUCACUACUUAGCCCCAGACUUUUACCAUGUCUUCAGAAAGAUGUGGAAGUUAAAGCAGGAAGAGUGUCCUGAGUGUGAUGUUCUCUCCCUGGGGACCUAUACGGCCAUUCGCAGUUUCCAUGGCAUUGCUCACAAGGUAGAUGUGAAAACUUGGAAAUCCACAGAGCACAAUAUGGGUCUAGCCUUGACCCGGGAUGCAUAUCAGAAACUGAUUGAGUGCACAGACACUUUCUGUACUUAUGAUGAUUAUAACUGGGACUGGACUCUUCAAUAUUUAACUGUAUCUUGUCUUCCAAAAUUCUGGAAAGUGCUGGUUCCUCAAGUUCCUAGGAUAUUUCAUGCUGGAGACUGUGGUAUGCACCACAAGAAAACCUGUAGACCAUCCACCCAGAGUGCCCAAAUUGAGUCACUCUUAAAUAGUAACAAACAGUACUUGUUUCCAGAAACUCUAAUUAUCAGUGAGAAGUUUGUGGCAGCCAUUUCCCCACCUAGGAAAAAUGGAGGGUGGGGAGAUAUUAGGGACCAUGAACUCUGUAAAAGUUAUAGAAGACUGCAGUGAAAAAUCACAAUUACAAAAGCAAAAGUCACAGUCUUCUAUUUUUGAUAUUUGUCCAAACAAUAUACAAUUGACUAAAGGGGUUUAGGAACUGGUUUCUGCUUUAAUACGGAAAAAAAAAAAAAUUCUUGUAAAAGGUGUCCAAAUAUAGUAAUCUUUUCCUUCAAUGUCUGAUUAAAAUUUAAACACAAGUUUUCAUUUCGGGAGUUGGGUUUUAAAGUUCAAUCUGUGUCUGCUAAAAGUAAUCAUUGUUAAUUGGUAAAAGAAAAGAGGGGAAAUUUUAUUUAAAUUGCAUCUAUUAAUCUUUUUAUCUGGAACUUUGUACACUUUUCCACUUUCAAAACUUAUUUUAAGUACAGCAGACUUUAUUUAAAACUGUCAUAGCAGUAAAAAGUCUUACAAUGGAAUUGUUAGUAUUAAUCAAACAAGCCCAAUUUCACUCUUGACACGGUUACUAGGAAGGGAUUGCUUCACUGGUUUUAUAAUUCAAAAGUUAUGUUUGUUAAACACCCUAUCAGAACAGACAUUUUCAGUAUUACAGAUUCCUGUAUUAUUGUGUUAAGAUUUGCCUGUGCUUUGGAACCUUCAUAGAACACUUUUUUUUGGAAUGUAUUUGAUAAGAAAGUUUAAACACUGUUUUCACCUCAAUGUAGAAAUACAGUGGGUUUUUUUUUUUCUUUUAGUGCUGCCAAAAUAAAAUACUCAUUUUUGCAUAAAAAG